GUCGCCGAUCAAAUUGAAAACCUGUGGGUUGGUUCCAAAAACCCUCACUCAAACCCAAAACCAUGGGCAGAUUCUGUCUGCUCCAACAAAACCAGUUGCUUCAAAAUCAAACACACACUCUCUCUCUGUUAUAUCAUUACCCUUCUCUUCUCUUUUCCCGACAACUGAAUCCUAUCACCAAACCCUAUGUAAUGCCACGCUUUUUUCUUCUCUCUCACAAUCCCUUCAUCCAUAUUCAUGUCCUUCUCCAUCGCCACCCUUUCCGAUUUCUUCAACUAUUCGAUUAAGGGAGUUGAAAACCCUCACAAUUUGCCACACCAUCCCCAAAUGGUACCCUAUGCCACCCAUCAUGAAACUGAUCCGCACCAUCCACACCUUCAGCACCAAUCGAUCAAACAUGGCUACCCUAACUAUUCUUCAUCCAAGACCAAACAACCCCAACAACAACAACAACAAAGCACUCUCAGUGAUGAGGAUGAGCCAGGUGGUGAUGAGGACCCCAAGAGAAAGGUCUCACCUUGGCAGAGAAUGAAGUGGACUGACACCAUGGUGAGGCUCUUGAUUAUGGCGGUUUAUUACAUUGGCGAUGAGGCUGGCUCUGAAGGGAGUGAUAAGAAGAAAUCCUCUGGUUUGAUGCAGAAGAAGGGGAAGUGGAAGUCGGUGUCAAGGGCCAUGAUGGAGAAGGGGUUCUAUGUUUCUCCUCAACAGUGUGAGGACAAGUUCAAUGACUUGAACAAGAGGUACAAGAGGGUGAAUGAUAUCCUUGGCAAGGGAACGGCUUGCAGGGUUGUGGAGAAUCAGAGUCUGUUGGACACAAUGGACUUGUCUCCAAAGAUGAAAGAGGAGGUUAAGAAGUUGCUCAAUUCUAAGCAUUUGUUCUUCAGGGAGAUGUGUGCUUAUCAUAAUAGUUGUGGCCAUGGGAAUAAUAGCAAUGUUCCGCAGCAAGGAGAGUCUGGGGGGGAGGUGUCUCAGUCUCAGGCACAACCACAACCACAGCCACAUCAGCAGCAGCAGCAGCAACAACAACAACAACGUUGUUUUCAUUCAUCAGAGAAUAUGGUGGGGAAUUUGGGGGGUUUGAGGAUGUUGAAAGUGGGAAAUGGGGAAGAGGAGGAUGAGGAGGAGGAGGAGGAGGAUGAGUCUGAGGAUGAUUCAGAUGAGGAUGAAGAUGAUUCAGGAGAAGGUGGUUCAAGGGGUCAAGUGGGGCAUGGACAUGAGGAUGAGAAUGAUGGAAGGUCAACGAGGAAGAGGGCAAGGAAAGGGGUUUCCAUGUCACCACAUGUGAUGCAGCAACUGAAUGCUGAGGUGAGUGGUGUGUUCCAAGAUGGGGGUAGGAGUGCUUGGGACAAGAAGCAAUGGAUGAGGGGCAGGAUAAUGCAGUUGGAGGAGCAGCAAUUGAGCUAUCAAACUCAAGCAUUUGAGUUGGAGAAACAAAGGCUGAAAUGGGCAAGGUUUAGCAGCAAGAAGGAGAGGGAGAUGGAGAGAGCCAAACUUGAAAAUGAACGAAGGAGGCUUGAGAAUGAGAGAAUGGUUUUGCUCAUUCGUCAGAAGGAGAUUGAAUUGAUGAGUCAUCAACACCAACAUCAGCAGCAGCAGCAACAACAACAACAUUCGUCUACCUAGGUCUAGGGGAGAUUAUUUUGCUGGGGUUAGUUUUAUGAUAGAUGAAAUCUAAGUAUAGACAGAAUGUAGAUUGAAUAGGCCAAAUAGAGGAAAGUGGUUGGUUGUUCUCGUUUUGGGGUACUAGAUAAGUUAGUUCUUAUUGAAGAAAACGAAAAUAGUAAUCAUGUCUGUAUCUACUAUCUAGAUACCCUUGUAAACAUGCUUUGGUAAUUGGUUAAUAGUGUUUUGUUUUAAACUACGCUUAACUAUAUCUGUCUCUUCCUCAAUCAAGUUGGAUUGUUAAAAGUAAA